ACAUCAUGUCUACCCCAGUCUCCCCUUCCCCCCUCUCCCCGUUGACACUGGCCUCCCCUAUAUCGGCAACCUCCCCUGGAGCCUCCCCUCUGCCCUCACCCCUCUCCCCUCCACCCAGGGUGCCCGUGUUCCAGAGAAAGGGAGCGCUCAAACACAAGAGGAUUGUUGAGGUGAAAGACCAUCAGUUCACAGCCCGCUUCUUCAAACAGCCCACCUUCUGCAGCCACUGCACUGACUUCAUCUGGGGCAUUGGCAAACAGGGAUUCCAAUGUCAAGUUUGCAGUUUUGUGGUCCACAAAAGAUGUCACGAGUUUGUGACCUUCACUUGUCCUGGCUCUGUGGCGGGCCCCAAACCAGAUGACCUGAAGAGUCGACACACAUUUAAGGUCCAGACUUACUCCAGUCCCACUUUCUGCGACCACUGUGGCUCAUUGCUGUACGGCCUCAUACACCAGGGCAUGAAAUGUACCUGUUGUGACAUGAACGUCCAUCGACGGUGUGAGACCAGUGUUCCCAGUCUCUGUGGCCAAGACCAUACAGAGAAGAGAGGGAGGAUCCACCUGACUAUCAGAGGAGAGAAGGAGGAUGUCUUUGUCACAGUGCGGGAGGCUCGAAACCUUAUGCCUAUGGAUCCAAAUGGCCUGUCAGACCCGUAUGUUAAACUGAAAUUGAUUCCAGACCCAAAGAGCCACAGCAAACAGAAGACCAAGACCAUCCGCUCAACACUCAAUCCCAUCUGGAAUGAGAGUUUCACCUUCUCAGUGCGCGGCCACCAGUGGGACAGGCGACUAUCUGUGGAGGUAUGGGACUGGGACCGCACGUCUAGGAACGAUUUCAUGGGAGCGCUGUCAUUUGGAGUGAGUGAGAUCUUCAGGCGUCCUAUCAGUGGCUGGUUCAAACUGCUGGCCCAGGAUGAGGGAGAGUACUACAACAUCCCUGUGCCAGACCCAGACCUGCAGGAGCCUCAGCCAGACGUUACAACACCCUCUCUGCCUCAAGCAAUACCUGUCCCUCUGUCUGAAGCAUUCCCUGCGGCCCUGUCCCCGACCCCUCUACCGUCCUGUCCACCUGUCCACACGCCAGGCCCUGCCAAAGUCAAAGUGGGCAUCCACGACUUCAACUUCCUCAUGGUGCUGGGCAAAGGCAGCUUUGGCAAGGUGCUGCUGGCAGAGGAGCGAGGCAGCGAGCGUCUGUUUGCAGUUAAAGUGUUGAAGAAAGACGUUCUCUUCCAGGACGAGGACACGGAGAGCGCCCUGGUGGAGAGGAGGGUUCUAGCGCUUUCCUCUCGCCCUCACUUCCUCACAUCGCUCUACUGCGCCUUCCAGACUGAGGACCGUCUGUAUUAUGUGAUGGAAUACGUCAACGGAGGAGACCUGAUGUUUCACAUUCAGAUAGUCGGCAAGUUCAAAGAACCUCAUGCAGCGUUUUAUGCAGCAGAGAUAGCAGUCGGCCUCUUCUUCCUCCACAGCAAAGGCAUCAUCUACAGGGACCUAAAGCUGGAUAAUGUGCUGCUUGACAGCGAGGGCCACAUAAAGAUAGCUGACUUUGGGAUGUGCAGGGAGGGCAUGUUCGAGGGUGACACCACGCGCACGUUCUGCGGCACCCCCGACUACAUCGCUCCUGAGAUUGUGGCAUAUCAGCCCUACGAUAAAGCGGUAGACUGGUGGUCCUAUGGAGUACUGCUGUAUGAAAUGCUGGCAGGACAGCCACCAUUUGAUGGUAUUGACGAGGAGGAGCUGUUUCAGUCCAUCAUGGAGCAGUGUGUCUCAUACCCGAAAAGUCUCUCUCGUGAAGCUGUCGCUAUCUGCAAGGGACUCCUGACGAAGCACCCGGCCAAGCGUCUGGGUGGAGGAGAGGAUGCAGAGAGAGAAAUCAAGGAGCAUCCGUUCUUCCGCUGGCUUGACUGGGACCGUCUGGAGAGACUGGAGAUCCAGGCGCCCUUCAAACCCAGAACUGGUGGGAAAAAAGGUGAAAAUUUCGACAAGUUCUUCACAGCGGCUCCGUCAGUGCUAACUCCCUCUGACCCGGAUAUACUAGCAGCUAUGAACCAGGAAGACUUCCUGGGCUUCUCCUUCCUAAACCCAGACUUUGCCCCCUCGCCGCUCACUGCUGUUUGAAAAUGGCUCCUAAACCUGCUCCAACAAGUGUACCCAAACUACCCUGUUACCCCCCCAAUAGUAGUUUUAUAACAAAGAAUUUGAACAUGAGAACUAGCAAUAUUAAAGACACCUCUCAUAACCAAAUUUGGACACCUUUGUAUUCACGCACUCUCUUUGAUGUAUGUAUAUUAUCUUGAAUGUCACAGAAUAUGUUGCAGCAAUGCAAACAAAGCCAGUAUUCUACUGUAGAUUUCCAUCCACCAUUAGAGUUUUUUGUAAGAUAUCCCUUAACUUGAUAUAAGAGUACUGUAGUAUGAACCUGAUAAAUGAAUCUCUUUGCAUGCAGAGUUUUUAGAACAAAUUGCUCUGACACACUAGUUUUCUAUAGCGUAGAUUAUCCAAGAAAAUAUACCUGUAUAACUGUACAAUCAAUUUAUUUAAAACUUUUUCUGUUACUUUGAUUAGAAUCAUCUUGUGUUGUGAGAAGCUGUAUUUUACAGAGCAAUUGCAUUUCCAAGUCAGGUUUUUCUCAUACAGCUACACAGGCCAUAUAAUAGGCAAAACAAGACCCUUUUUAAUCAUUUUGCAAUUCAUACACAUGAAUAAAAAUGUCUCUUAGCAGGUAUAUUCCAGUCAAACAUUUGUAUUUAUACGCAGUACAGUAAUUCAGCAUCAGAGGCACUAUAAUGUGUCUUUCUGAAUAUCUAUCUCACUCUAUUUGUGUGUGUGUGAGUGUUUGACUAUGACGCAAACUGAGCGAGUAGCCUUUUUUUUGUAUUAGACUGGCAUCCUGUGGAAGAGCACAGUCAGGUUCCUCUGGCCUGGCCCGACCUCUCAGUUUAACGUCAUGCCAGUGACCUCAGAUGACCCACAGAUGCGCUGAAACGACGCAACGUGCACAGUUAAUGUGACAGUUAAUGUAGGCUACAGUGCUGCCUUCCAGCUCAUGCCCACUCUGCCUGACUCUAUUAUCACUGGGAGGAAGUCCUCACAUUAUUGCCACAGUUUGAACAGCAUCAUCUUCUUAUUCACAUAUGAUUCUUUUCUCUGUGCUGAGCUGUGGAAUUAGGCCUCACCACAUCACAAUAUACAGUAUCUGUGCUCCUUAAUGACAUCUUACAACUGCACUAAAAUAUGUAUGUGCAGUCUUAUAAAAUAUGCCUCUUAAUAAUGUUUUGUCCAGCUGAAGCAAGAAGCUUGUGCAGGUGCAGGUACUUUAUUAUUUUUGUGGUGUAUACCAUAAAGCAUUUUGCUGUGUAAUGACGUACUCACAGCAUUGAUUAGGUGUAAUUAAAAGUGAGGCUCAGCGAGACUGUUCAAUACAUGGAAAAAUAAUAGCAGCACUGUCAUUUAACAUUAUCUGAGCAGAGCAGGUGGCUGCAAACAUACAGUUUAAUAAUCCCAUUUCAGUGCUCUUAUCUCACAAACCAGCUGGUCAUUUUGCAUGGAAAUCUGUUUGAUUUCCUUUAAAGCAUCUUUUUGAUCUUUCUGUUUACAUCCUAUGUCAGCAUAAUGAUAAUUAUAACCCUUUCUCAUCCAGAAGAGCAAAAAUGUACAUAUUUGCUUUAAGUGCAUAUGUGUGUGUCCCUUUAAUAGUGCCCACUUUAAAAGGUCAGAGCAGUUCAUCUGAUUGCCUUAGCUCAGUUUGAGUGGAGGUCAAAUGUCACAACACACAGUAUUUCAAUACUAUAGAUGAUACAAUCAAUAAUAGAUAAUACAAUAGACGAUUUAUGCAUUUAAAUAUCUGUUAGUUGAGUUAACUUCUGUUUUUAUGUGCUGAAAAAAGAACAUUGAAAUAAACUUAUUGAAAAAAAAAUCAUGAAACGA